CAUGGCGCACCUUAACACGUUUUUGUUUUUUUUUUUUAAUUAUCUUUACACAUGCUAGUAAUUAUAAGUUUAUCCUAUUAAAUCAGAUAUAAUUACGUUUUAUUAUCUCCUAACAUUUAUUUGUUAUAUUUAUCUUUUAUUUGUUUUCCAAGUUUGUUGUUUUAUUUGUUUUCUCCUGUCAUCUUGAUCUCAUUAAUACUUUCCAUAAUAAUAUUUUUUGCCGUGAUCUUCCCCCAUUUCUACUCAGAUUUGUAUCUUCAACUCCGAAUUGGAGUUUAAUUUCUAUAAACCCUAAAAAAUUUCCCAAACAAAAAGUAUAAAUCACACAUCCAUCUUCACAUCACUAACCCUUUAUAUCAUUAAAUAUAGACAACAAUUUUGUGAUUGGUCAAUUUUAGUGCAAUUUUCUCUCUCCUAAUUGUUGUUUUUCAACUGGGUUCUUACUCAAUUUCAACAGCAACUGACAUUGAUUGAUCCAAAGUACCUCAAAAUCUGGGUGUGUUUUUUCAUCUGCCCACUUGAUUUUUACUGCUAAAAACCAAAAAAAAAACUGAAUUUUUCUUCGCUUUUACAUGUUUCCUGAAUUGGGUUUUGCUCAAAAAGUAAGUGAGAUCUCAUAUCUGCAUUAAAUUUAGGAACUUUAUACUAAAAUCUGAAGUGGGUUUGUGAGAUUGUUGUAGUUUUGGAUUGAUUUAAGCAAAUUUGAGGUGGGUUUUUUUAAUAAGUAUGAGAAGUGAGCCUUAUUAUUGGAAGAAGAAGAUACAAUGAGUGGAGGCUCAUUGGGUCUAGGUUUGCGUUCUGCAAGUUAUGGAUCAUUGCAACAACAUCUGCACAAUAAUUUGUUACCAAAUCAGUCUAAUUUACCAUCUCCUCCGCCACCUUUACCCUUCAUAGCCAGAAAACCAGUGAAGAUGAUGAAGGAAAAAGAGAGGUUGUUUCAUUGGCUUUGCAAGUCUAUUGGUAGGAAAAAAGUUGGCAUGCUGUUCCUUUGUUUGGCUUCUGCAGCAGUUUUUAUUUGGGUCCUAUAUGUUGGCAAAGGUGAAGAUUCCAGAGGGACUGAAGGUGCUGCAAGUAUCACGUUGAAUAACAACACAUCUUCACGUAUUGAUAACUUAUCUAUAAAGUACAAUCAACCAAAUAACAGCAGCAAUCCUGCAAGUAUUGAAUCUUCAACUCCUAACGCGUUGCAAGUUACGCCUCGUAAAUACUUUCCAGGAUAUAUACUUCCUCCUGGAAAUCCUUGUGAACGUUUUUCAUUACCACCUCCACCAGCAGAUAAGAAACGAACUGGACCCCGUCCUUGUCCAGUUUGCUAUCUUGAUCAGGAGCAAGCGAUCUCAUUAAUGCCGGAUGCACCAUCUUAUUCCCCUGUGUUGAAUUUAACAUAUGUCUAUGAGGAGAAUUCAUCAAAAACUGAGUUUGGAGGUUCCGAGUUUGGUGGAUAUCCUUCUCUUAUGCAAAGGGAUGAUUCCUAUGAUAUUAGGGAGUCCAUGCACGUGCACUGCGGUUUUGUUAAAGGACAAAAACCUGGCCGUGGGACUGGUUUUGACAUUGAUGAUGCUGAUCUUGCUGAUAUGGAACAGUGCAACGGGAUAGUUGUCGCUUCAGCAAUUUUUGGAAAUUAUGAUUUACUUCAGCAGCCCAAAAAUACUAGUGAAGAAGCCAAAAAGAAUGUAUGUUUCUUCAUGUUUUUGGACGAGGAGACUGAAGCAGCAAUGAAGAAUGCUAGUAUUCUGGAUGGAAGCAAAAAGGUUGGAUUAUGGAGAAUUGUUGUUAUUCACAAUCUUCCCUACAUAGAUCCAAGGCGCAAUGGCAAGGUUCCGAAGCUUCUACUGCACAGACUAUUUCCUUAUGCUCGUUAUUCUAUAUGGAUGGAUGGGAAACUUCAACUUGUUGAGGAUCCUUAUCGAAUUCUCGAAAGAUUUUUGUGGAGACAAAAUGCCACUUUUGCAAUAUCCAGACAUUACAGACGUUUUGAUGUAUUUGUGGAAGCUGAAGCUAAUAAAGCUGCUGCAAAGUAUGACAAUUCCUCCAUUGACUUUCAGAUUGAUUUUUACAAAAAGGAAGGAUUGACGCCAUAUUCUUUGGCAAAGCUUCCCAUUACAAGUGAUGUCCCUGAAGGAUGUGUUAUACUCCGGGAGCAUGUCCCAAUCUCUGAUCUUUUCAGUUGUCUAUGGUUCAAUGAGGUUGAUCGAUUUACUUCCAGAGAUCAAAUUAGUUUCUCAACUGUAAGGGAUAAAAUCAGUAAGCAGGUAAACUGGAAUGUCAGUAUGUUCUUGGACUGUGAAAGGCGCAAUUUUGUUGUUCAGGGCUAUCAUAUGGAUGUGUUGAAGCAAAAGCAAGCAGCUGCAUUAGCUGCUGAGCAUCGUUCUGAAGUUCUUCAUUCUCCUCCACCUCCUCUGUCGCCUCCCCCCUUACCAACCACUCAGACCGAAAACCCUCCAAGCCGAAGAAACCCAUUGAGGAGAGGAAGAGGCCGAAGGCGAAAUCGCAAGGUUGCUGCUGGAGCUACGGAGUCAAUAAUCACAGGCACAGGCACAAAUUGAGGGCCGCAAUUUUGUUAAGUCAACAAAUUAUACAGAUAGUUCCCUGCAUCAAAGGAAAAACACCAACUUACCCUGCCUUGCGCAGGGUUUGGUUAAUUGUCCCAUUUAAGAAAAGUGUUGUAUUUUUAUCAUCUUCCUUUACACAGCUAAUAUUAUUAUUGUUAUUAUUUUUCCCCAUACAAAGGAGAAAGAGCUAUGUGAAAAACGGGAAUUGUUAUUCAUUUUUUUGUAUAUAUAAGAAUACCACAUUUUUUAAAUAAAUUUGUCAUUUGAGUA